AUUCACGCUGCGUCCUCCUGCCACCACCACGCCCUCCUCGCCGCCACUUGCCAUGGCCUCGGCGUCCACCAUGUGCACCUCGUGCCUGCGGGCAGCGCGUGCUUCGAGGGCUUUCAGCACCGCGCCGCCGGCAUACAGCGCUGCAUCCGCCACCUCGCGGCCGCUCUUCCUCGACUUCCUGGAGCCCGCCAUUCGGCUGCCAUGCACGCGGCCAGCGGGCAUCGCACUGCCCAGACCCCAGGCCACCCUCCGGAGACGCCUCGCGACGGCAGCAUCCCCUCCCACGUCGCCGUCGGACCCGCAGCCCGCCCGCGCCGUCCUCAAUCCCCGCACAACAGAUUCCGGCGAGCCCAUGCGCAUCUCCCUCAGCCCGCGCGCUAUCCAUCGCCUUUCGACCAUCGCCACGAAAGACAACAACCCCAACCUCGCGCUGCGAGUCACAAUCGAAAGCGGCGGCUGCCACGGCUUCCAGUAUCUCAUGUCUUUGAUCGAUCUGACCAAGGAGCCGCCCACCGAGGAGGAUACCCUGUUCGAAGGAGACAAGGGCGCAAAAGUCAUCGUUGAUGAGAGCAGCCUGGAAUUGCUGAACGGGAGCACGGUGGACUACACCAUGGAGCUGAUCGGGAGCCAGUUUAAAGUGACGGGCAUCCCCGGCGCGACGAGCAGUUGCGGCUGCGGCACGAGCUUCGACAUCAAAUUAUAAUGAUAGAACCCAACUUUGUAAUAUACCCUUCUCUCCAC